AUGCCCAGACUCGCAUCUGCCCGGUAUGGGAAGGACAAUGUCCGCGUCUACAAGGUGCACAGGGACGAGGCCUCCGGGGUCCAGACCGUCACAGAGAUGACAGUGACCUGCCUGCUCGAGGGACAGAUCGAGACAUCAUACACAGAGGCCGACAACAGCGUCGUCGUGGCCACGGACUCGAUGAAGAACACCAUCUACAUUAAGGCAAAGGAGCACCCCGUCAACCCGCCCGAGCUAUUCGCCUCCAUCCUGGGCCAGCACUUCCUGGACACCUACCCGCACAUCACCACCGCCCACAUCAAGGUCGUCGUGCACCGCUGGACCCGCAUGGUCGUAGACGGCAAGCCCCACCCGCACUCCUUCUACCGCGACGGCCAGGAGACCCGCAACGUCGAGGCCGCCGUGUCCCGGGACGGCGGCGUCUCACUCAGGAGCGGCAUCGUGGGGCUCACGGUUCUCAAGAGCACGGGUUCCGCCUUCCACGGCUUCGUGCGCGACGAGUACACCACCCUCCCCGAGACCUGGGACCGCAUCCUGUCGACCGACGUCGACUGCUCCUGGACGUGGAAGGCCUUCCCAGGCGUCGACGCCGUGUGUGAGGCCACGCCCCGGUUCGACGCCGCCUGGGAGGCCGCCAGGGCCAUCACCAUGAAGACGUUCGCCGAGGACGAGAGCCCCAGCGUGCAGAACACCAUGUACAAGAUGUGCGAGCAGAUCCUGGAGGCGGUGCCUGAGACAGAACUCGCUAGCUACUCCCUUCCGAAUAAGCACUACUUCGAGAUCGACUUGAGCUGGCACAAGGGGCUCAAGAACACCGGCAAGGACGCCGAGGUCUACGCGCCCCAGUCUGGGCCGAACGGUCUCAUCAAGUGCGAGGUUUCUCGGUCGUGA